AAAGGAACACUAUCAUACUAUUUUUAGUGAAGGAUAUAUUGUGACGUCAAUAUAACUGGAUUAUAAAUUAUACGCUGAACCCCGAAGAGCACAGAAUAAAAUAAAAAUUUAUUUUAUAGCCUGUCACCUACAGUCUGUCACUCACAGAAAGUCUGUCACUUACACAAAGUCUGUCACUUACACAAAGUUUGUUCUACUCAAGAACGUGCAACCCCCAAUUAUCAAUCGAUUGAAACUUGAAUUCUUCGUAUGAGUGGUCAUCGGCUAAGAAGCCAAGGUCCUGUUUCUGAUGAAGAAACUACCCCUGAAGAAGGACAAACCUCCCUUGAGUCUAUCGCUGAUGAUAACUCUCAGUUCAGCUCAGCCAGUGCAUCCUCCAGAAUGGAAGAAAAUCGAAUUACUGCACUAGAAGUCGAAUUGAACACUGUUAAACAAGGACUUCAUAGUCUUGAAACAAAGUUCGAUGAUAUAACCAGAAUGUUAAACAUUAUCAUGAACAAAAUGGGUGAUUCUGAACAAAAAUUCAACACCAUUCAUGAGACCUCUUCUCCUGUGAAGAAAACUGAUGAUUCAAAGGUUUCAUUUGACGAGCCUGUCGUCACUACAUCUCACAUGAUGAAUGAUGAAUUUAAAGUUAACCCAGCUGACGUUAAGUCUUUAAGAUUGUUGAGAAACAUUGACUCUGAGAUCUUCUUGCAAGAUCAACUGAAUGCCAAAUGUACUCUGGACAUCUAUGACAUGAAGAACACCUCUCAUUUAUCUCGUCCUGACUCUAUCACUUCUGAUCCUGCCGAAAUGACGUUUGAUGAGAGACUUGCUUGGUUAUCCGCUGCUAAGAAGUUUUGUACAAAAACCUCCCUGAGGACCGAUCAAUGGGUGAGUUUUCUUCUUGAUGAAUUUUUCACUGACAUCGUCACUAUUGAUGGUAUCAAAACGCUUAUCGCUAGUCGUGUUCCCACUAAGGAAUACUCCUACAUUCGCAACUCCUGGAUUGCCCUUAUCCUAUACUUCUUUCCCUCCGAAAUUGAAAUUCUGCAACAGCAAGUUAUCAAGGAUUCUGCUCUACGUAUGAAGUGGAUCAAGAAAGGUGAGAAUAUUGGUAAAUCAUUGCGCUCUUGGAUUAUUGCCUGCAAAGGUGCUAAUGGUUAUGGACCCUCGUUCGGUGAGGUCAAGGUCUACCUUACAGUCCUACUGUUUAAGGUUGCUCCAGACUAUAUCGUGGAUUUCUCAAAGAUCACCAAUUGGACUGAAUUGCUCACUGUUGUCGAUGAAAACCAUUUUGCUCGAGUCAAGUCUGCCGAAGAAGACAUCAUCUUCUUCAAAGAGAACUUGAAAGGUGCGACUCUAAUGUCCACCACAACUCCGUCAUGGUGAAGCAUCUUAUCAAUAUAUUUUACAAAUUGAUGAGUACACAACUGCAAUGUUAUUCUCUUUCCCCACUGCUCGUUGCACUGCCCAGCACA